UAAAAAAGUCGCCGCUGGCAGAAGCUUCGGGCUCAGAUUGUUGUUUACGUGUCGCCCGGUCCGGUGUGGAGUCGUCUUCUCUUCUGCUCUUCUGGCCAAAGCCACAGCCAAACCAAAUCGCACGGAACGAACCGCCAAACGGAACGGCCAGCCGUCGACUGAUCUUGGCCAGAAACUGAAUCCACACAUUGUGUACCAAACCAACUCCGGCAUUUGUUUGCCUUUGGUUUUUAUUGGUUUUAGAGUUGGGCAAAAAACAAGGGAGUUUGACGCGGAGCAGCAUGAAUAUACACAUGAACGCCAAUACCCUGAAGUACAUCAGCCUGCUGACGCUGACCCUGCAGAAUGCGAUCCUGGGCCUCAGCAUGCGGUAUGCCCGCACCCGACCAGGCGACAUCUUCCUCAGCUCCACGGCCGUGCUAAUGGCCGAGUUUGCCAAGCUGAUCACGUGCCUGUUCCUGGUCUUCAACGAGGAGGGCAAGGAUGCCCAGAAGUUCGUCCGUUCGCUGCACAAGACCAUCAUUGCCAAUCCCAUGGACACGCUGAAGGUGUGUGUGCCCUCGCUGGUCUACAUCGUCCAAAACAACCUGCUGUAUGUAUCCGCCUCCCACUUGGAUGCAGCCACCUACCAGGUGACGUACCAGCUGAAGAUCCUCACCACGGCCAUGUUUGCUGUUGUGAUCCUGCGCCGCAAGCUGCUCAACACACAGUGGGGUGCGUUGCUGCUCCUGGUGAUGGGCAUUGUCCUGGUGCAGUUGGCCCAAACAGUGGGACCAUCGAGUGGCUCAGCCGGUGGAGCUGCAGCAGCGGCCACGGCAGCCUCCUCUGGAGGAGCGCCCGAACAGAACAGAAUGCUGGGUCUGUGGGCCGCACUGGGCGCCUGUUUCCUUUCUGGAUUUGCGGGCAUCUACUUUGAGAAGAUCCUCAAGGGCGCCGAGAUCUCUGUGUGGAUGAGGAACGUUCAGUUGAGUCUGCUCAGCAUUCCCUUCGGACUGAUCACCUGCUUUGUAAACGACGGCAGCAGGAUCUUCGACCGGGGAUUCUUCAAUGGCUACGAUAUGUUCGUCUGGUAUCUAGUUCUGCUGCAGGCCGGCGGUGGCUUGAUAGUGGCCGUGGUGGUCAAGUAUGCGGACAACAUUCUGAAGGGCUUCGCCACCUCGCUGGCCAUCAUUAUCUCAUGUGUGGCCUCCAUCUACAUCUUUGACUUCAAUCUCACGCUGCAGUUCAGCUUCGGAGCUGGUCUGGUCAUCGCUUCGAUCUUCCUAUAUGGCUAUGAUCCGGGCAGAUCGGCGCCAAAGUCGACUAUGCAGGGUCCUGGCGGCGAUGAGGAGAAGCUGCUGCCACGCGUCUAGCUCUGGAGGAAUCCGGAUCUGUCAACAGUAUUUGUCUACAACCCGGAGGCCGUUCGAUGAUUGCAUCUAAUGUUCUUGAUAUUCCCCACGUUGUGUGUAUAUAUGUUAGGGUGGAUAUUAAUGUCUGGACAAUUCGUAGCACUUUCCCCUUGGAAACGAUAGUUCUAAUGUAAAGCAAAUACUUAAUUAUUUAUGUAAUUUAAAUACAAUUAGGGUAUUCAAUAGCUAACGUGAAGUAUAGAAUAUAAAAUGAUAAAUUCGAAAUGCACAAUUUUAUAUAUCAUUUUAGUUGUUACUUUAUAAAAGCAAAGGAAUACCGAAAACGUUUACUGGACACAUUUUCUUUACCUAUUCUUUUGUAAAUAUCAACUUGGAGUUGAUUAGGUUGAGAACUCAUAACAAUUCAUAGUUUUAAUGUUACAAGAGAAUUUUGGACAAUUCCCCGCAGUAUUUUUCAAUUAUUUUUACAAAACGUUUUUUUAUAUAAAGCUCUUUAUUCCGAAAAUAUCUAAAUAACCUAUAUAUCGUUAUUAAAAGCUUCGAGUUGUCCAAAAAAGAUUUUUUGCACCCCAUUACUAUUAUAUUUAAUGUGCAAUUAUACAUUAUCAUCUUUCCUGUUUUCGAAAAUUGUAAUAUUUGUACUAAAGUCGAAUUACUCGCCAAGCGUUAUAAGUAUGAUUCCAUAUCGAGUCAACGCAACUCUCAAUUUUUUGUCAUUUUGUUCAAAUAAAAAUAAGACAAAUUAUAAAAA